UCUAAACCCCUCACCGAUUACCCAAACAAUCAGAUUCAAACCCUCCACAUUAUUGCAAUCACACGUGAGUAACUAACAUUUAUGAAUUCUUAGAUCAUAUGUACGCUUUCUGAAAUUCAGGACUACAUUCAAAUUCGUUUUGAAUUCGUCUUGAAUAAACAGAAGAUAAUUAUAUAGAGGCCUUGGAAUUUAUACCUUCUUUUUUAAUUUCCGCAAUUUCGAAUUACAAGUUCUUUAAAUUCGUAGAAAUGUAUUAAUUAUUUUAGGGAUUACUUUCCGACAUAGCGAAAUUAUUCUCCCUCUUCUUUCUCUCGCCUCUCCGAUUUGUUCUUCGGUUUCGGAAUCCAAAGCUUCGUCGGAACUUCCAUUUGUUUGGACGUCGGGAAGCCAACUCAACGACGGCGAGCGGACGUUACGGUUUGACAGAUACCGCUUCUACAGAUGGCGGAUCUCAACCGUCCGCUGCUGAUCUCGACUAGUAAUAAUGGAGGAGAUGAUGAAAAUGGGAGAUCAAAGUACUCAAAGGUAUGGGUGGAAACUCAGCAGCUAUGGGCAAUCGUGGGGCCUACAAUAUUCGCCCGCGUCGCUAACUACUCCAUGAACGUAAUCACCCAAGUUUUUGCUGGUCAUCUCGGCGAUGUGCAGCUCGCUUCCAUUUCCAUCGCCAACACUGUUAUUGUGGGUUUCAAUUUUGGCCUCUUGUUGGGGAUGGCGAGUGCAUUGGAGACGCUGUGCGGGCAGGCGUAUGGGGCAAAGAAGUACCACAUGUUGGGAAUAUACUUGCAGCGCUCUUGGAUAGUGCUGUUUUUCUGUUGCUUUCUGCUGCUUCCGUUUUACGUCUACGCCGCUCCGGUUCUGAAGUGGCUGGGCCAGGAUGACGAGGUGGCGGAGGAGUCGGGGCUGGUGGCAAUUUGGCUGAUACCCCUCCACUUCAGCUUCGCAUUUCAGUUCCCGUUGCAGACGUUCUUGCAGUGCCAGCAGAAGACGCUGGUCAUCGCUUGGGUUUCGCUGGCGGGGUUGAUUCUGAAUGUUGUCUCGAGCUGGGUUUUGAUUUAUGAGUGGGAACUUGGGGUGAUUGGGGCAGCCAUAGCUCUGGACUUGUCUUGGUGGGUUCUUGGUUUUGGAUUGUACUUCUACACUGUUGGUGGUUGGUGCCCUUUGACAUGGACCGGAUUCUCCAUUCAAGCCUUUCAUGGUCUUUGGGAAUUUCUCAAACUCUCUGCUGCUGCUGGCCUCAUGCUUUGUUUGGAGAAUUGGUACUUUCGGAUCCUUGUAUUAAUGACGGGAAAUCUAGAAAAUGCCACCAUUGCUGUGGAUGCGUUAUCCGUAUGCAUGAGCAUCAACGGAUGGGAGAUGAUGAUUCCUAUGGCAUUCUUUGCUGGCGUCGGAGUGAGAGUGGCAAAUGAGUUGGGGGCUGGGAACGGGAAAGCCGCCAAAUUUGCAACAAUUGUAUCGGUGGCGGAGUCGACCGGGAUCGGGAUUGUGAUAUGUGCUAUUAUAAUGAUAUUUCAUGGGAAGAUAGCCUUGAUCUUCACAAGCAGCAGCAGGGUGGUUGAAGCAGUGGAUACGCUCUCCAACCUACUGGCCAUCACCAUUCUCUUGAACAGCGUCCAACCCGUUCUUUCAGGGGUGGCGGUUGGAUCGGGAUGGCAAUCUUGGGUUGCAUACAUAAAUAUUGGAUGCUAUUAUAUAAUUGGUCUCCCUCUUGGUUUCAUUAUGGAAUGGGUUUUCCACUCUGGAGUUUCGGGUAUCUGGGCAGGAAUGCUAUAUGGUGGAACUGCACUUCAGACAAUAAUAUUAAUCAUCAUCACAAUCAGAACUGACUGGGAAAAAGAGGCUGAGAAAGCACAAAUGCAUGUAGAGAGGUGGUCAAGCCCUAAAAAGGAUGAGAAGUAUCUUCUCAGUUAAAAUUUUAAUUUUAAUGGACGGAAAUGUCCUGGAAAAGAAUAAAUGGAGUAGUGAUUGUAUGCCUCUUAUUAUUUUAGUUUCUUAAUUAAUUAUCCAGUGGUGGCUGUUGAGAAAAUUUUGGGUUAUACUACAUAUUCUUGUUGAGGUAUAUUAUUCUUCAUGUUUAUCUCAUCGUA